UAAACACAGACGCAAAUUGGAGAGAGAGAGUGGGUGGUCCAGAGUGAGAGUGUCGUUUCCCCUGUUUCAUCUCCAUCGUGCAUCUCCUCCUCCGUCCAUUCUACAAGAGUGAGAGUGAGAGUGAGAGAUAUAGAGGUGGGUUCUGCUAUUUCUACAGAUCUCCCAAAAGAUCUUUUCCUCUUAUAGUCCGUGACAUUCUGUGCAUAAAUUAAUCCCUCCUCUCUCUCCUCGUCUCUCUGUUUCUAUUCUAGAGAGUACUGCUCAGUGCUCCCACUGGAGUCUUCCAUUCCAUUACUGGCAAAUUUUCUAUUUUGAUAUAUUUCUUAAUCCCUUUGGCUAAACCCAUUUCGUUUAUAGGCUUCAAUUUUGGGUUUUGUGCAUCCAUUUCAUUAGCCUUGCUCUUGGUGAGUUUCUCUAGGUCUUUUGUAAGGUACUCUGUUUUUUCCGUACUUCAGCAGAGGAUAUAUGUUCUGCACGAGAUAUUUCUUCAUCCUCCUACCUCAUACAGCUGAAAAUAUAGUUUUCACAAAACUAUGAUUUCUAGUUGCAUUUUUCGAUGAAAAAAUGAUGGGCUUUGUAGGUUUCUGGUAGUUUUUUCUCAAGGGUUCUUAAAAGGGUCCUUUUUUAAAGGGUUUUUGCCUUUUUGGAAGGGUUUCUGGUUGUUUUGGCUUUUUUCAUUUUAGUUUAUUACAAAAGCUCACUUUUUUGGUAGGAUACUACUUCUUGGGUUUAGGGUUUUUCUAUUCAGAUUUAGGAAUUCUCUUCUCUGUUCCACAACCACCUCACAACCUCAAAUUUUGGAAAUUGUCUUGGCAAUUCUGAACUUGGUCCUUGGCAUUCUUGGAAUCUCCAUCACCAACUUUUGAUGCCAAAGAACUGAAUUUGGUUUUUUUCAUCAAAUUCCAAGAUUUUAUUCUGUUUUUGAUGUCACAGUUGUUGCCUAAAUUUCGGUAGCUUCUUUUCUUGGAUUGAAUAACCUCAAUCUUGUUUCAAUUUACAUCUAAAAAUGUCUUCUUGUUUAACCGGAGGCUGUCGGCCAUACGGAUUCGACCUUGAAAUAGUAGUUAAGUCUCCCUCCUCAUCUUCCACCAUAACCACGCAUUCAUCUUCUCCAUCUUCAACAACCCUCUCAGAGUCUAGCAACUCCCCUCUGGCAAUCUCAACCCGAAAACCUCGGACCCCUCGGAAACGCCCAAACCAAACCUACAAUGAGGCUGCAGCCCUCCUUUCCACAGCCUACCCCAAAAUUUUCCCUGCCAAGCACCUCACAAAGAAUUCCAAGUUCAACACCAAGACAGUGCUUGACACAUUCUUGACCAGUGCUGAUUCCCCGGACUUGCUUCUACCCUUUCGAGUAUUCGACAAUUCUGGUUUCUUGCUCCACCAAUCGAUUCAGGAAAAACCCGGGUUCCGAAUCGAGCCAAGAGUUGCGAAUUGUUAUGAGAACCCGUGCCAGGUUCCCGUAGAAAAUGAUUUCCUGGAGGAUUUUGAUGCAGAAUCGAUACUCGACGAGGAAAUUGAGGAAGGCGGUCUGGACGGUAUCUUGGGGAAUUUGAGUGUGGAAAAUGAGCCAGUCGAUGAGUCCAAUGGUGGUAGUUGUAGCGUCCAAAUAGGUAGUACUUGCUAUGGUUUUCCAAUGGGGCUGGGAUUUGGUGGGAAAUUCGAUUUCCGGUUUGGGAUGAAAAGGGGUGUUAGAGCAUUGAGAAAUGUUGAUGAGGGAGGAGAUUGGUGGAGGUUUCCUACCGUCAAUGUCACUGACAUAUCUGCUAAACUCAACAAAGCAGCAGCUCCAACAGAAAAGAAGAAAAAGAAGAUUGAAAAACCAAUUGAAGUCAUCAAGGGUGUUGAGUCGCCCAAAGAGAAUUCAAUUCCCAAAGAAAAUGAUAAUUCAAUUGCCAAACAGAAGGAGAAUACAAUUCCGAAAUCGAAGAUUCUCAAAUUAAACUACGACGUAGUUGCAAAGGCUUGGUCCGAUCGAGGGUCCCCGUUUUCCGAGGAAUUUUCAGGCCAAGAGCAGCCCGGAGGUGAUCUCCAUGCUAGGUUGGGUGAGAUAGACUUGUUCUCGGAGAACGGAGGGGUGAGAGAGGCUAGCGUGUUGCGCUACAAGGAGAAGCGACGUACGCGCCUCUUCUCUAAGAAGAUUAGAUACCAGGUCCGGAAAGUCAACGCUGAUCGACGGCCCCGAAUGAAGGGGCGAUUUGUUAGAAGGCCAAACUCUCCCAUGAGCGACGGAGGUUGAGAUAGAGAGAGUCGUGUUAAUUUCAAAGGGUUUUAUAUACCUCCCCUCCCUACAAGCCUUUCUUCCCCCUAUCCUUUUUUUUUUUUUUUGUAGUAUCUAGAUUUCCAAUUUUGUUUUGGGGUUCCUACCCUUUUAAGUUUUUCAAAAUUUUCCUUUUUCUUCGGUAGUAGUAUGAGUAGUUUUGAGAAGAUGGAUACAGUUGAGAAGAGGAAUAUUUAGUGACAACAGUGAAAAAUCUUUCUCCCCUUUCCA